CAGGUCUUGGCGGAUCAGGCUUGAAUCUCAGCAGCCCUACUCUCCAUUUCUUUUCGGUCUUUUCUAUCUUUCUAAUACCAGUUCUUCCCCCUCCGGGGUACCAGAGUGACCUAUGGAUCUAUGGGUCACACUGCUCUUACUGGGUCUGUGGGGACUGCUGUGGGAACCACCCCCAGGGAAUUGAAUAUGGAACUGGGGUGUGUCUUUCAGGACCUGUCCAACUUCAGAUGAAAUUGGAGUAACUGGCGUGGUGCUGGGGUACAAUCGCUGCCAAGGGGCCAAGGGAUGAGCUGGGGCCCUCCUUCCCAAUGGCAUCUCCCCCUGGUCUGGAACUGAAGACACUGAGCAAUGGUCCCCAGGUCCCAAGGAGACCAGCUCCCCUGGGCCCCGCGGCCCCAUCCAGGGCAGGCGUGGACAAUGCCGGCUUCUCCUUGGAGGAGCAUGAGACCCGUUUCCAAAGCCCCAGGGAUGCCAGACCGGACAGCUCCCCCAGUCCUCUGGGGGGCGUCCCCUCACUGCCCCGGUCCCAGCGGGACGACCUGUCCCUGCGUUCAGAGGAGGGGCCGGGCCUGGAGCCCGUGAGCCGCCCAGUGGAUUAUGGCUUCGUUUCCGCCCUGGUUUUCCUGGUGACUGGGAUCCUCCUAGUGGUGACAGCCUACGCCAUCCCCCGCGAGGCCCGCGUCAACCCGGACACGGUGACGGCGAGGGAGAUGGAGCGGCUGGAGAUGUACUACGCCCGCCUGGGCUCCCACCUGGACAAGUGCAUCAUCGCGGGCCUGGGGCUGCUCACGGUGGGCGGCAUGCUGCUCUCCGCGCUGCUCAUGGUCUCCCUGUGCAAGGGAGAGCUGUACCGCCGGCGCGCCCUGGUCGCGGGCAGGGGCUCCCGGAAGACUUACGGCUCCAUCAACCUGCGCAUGAGACAGCUCAAUGGCGACGGGGGCCAGGCCCUGGUGGAGAACGAGGUGGUCCAGGUGUCAGAGCCCAGCCACGCCCUCCAGGGGUCUUAAGGAAGAGCCCCCGCUUUCCGGCUGCCUUAGCUCCGGGCUCCAAGGCUCCCAGAGGCCUGGGGCUUCAAACUCCCCAUAAAGGGCCCAGCUGUAGGGGGCUGGGGGUCUUGGGUGCGGAGGCAAAGCCCAGGGCAGCCCGCUCAGGCAGGUUCUGCAGUUCAAGGUCUUGCUUACGGUUCUGUUGCUAAGAAUACAAAGUUUGGAAAGCCCUGCUCUUGGAAGAUGAGGUUUCUUGGCAUGUCCAAGGGUGGGGAGCCAUGUGAAAGGUGGCUCGUCCUGUUCUUAUGCUGUGGGGAAUUCUGGGACCUCCACUGUCCUCAUGGGCUAGCUGAAGAUGUUGGGUGAUCUUGGAGGGGGCUCCUUGGAGCUCCCACCAUCUAAGGUGGGAGGUGGUUUCAUGGUGAGGGGAGAAGCCAGCAUUUGGGUGACCCCCCUGUUGAAUCCCAACUGACUGAACCGUGACCUGGUCCUCUCCAGGCUUUAGCGGCUCUGUCUGUAAAGUGAGGGGUUGGACUGGAUGAUCUCUCCGGCCAUUUCUGCCCUGGAGAUGGGAACCCAGUCUCUGCCUCUGGGCACCCUUUGCAGGAGGAGGGUGUCUGCCAGGCACUGAUCCUUCUCCAUGCCAUUUUCUGGCCUCUCCUCUGUGACGGCCACUGUCAGGAGGCCAGCAGUUCUCACUGUCCUGCUGAAGAGCGCCUUAGUCAGUGUGGGUCCAACCCCACCGUGUGCCACAAACCUGCUUUUGGUCUGGGGGUCUAAUUUCCUGUAGUGACUAAUUUUCUGUGGUAGCACAUUUUGCAAAGUUAGAAGCGCUGUUUCUACCCAUUCUUGGGGAUACAGAGAAUCUUUCAGAAAAGAAAGUGUGACGACUUUGUGGUAUCUGAUGUGCCCUUAUUCACCAACCCUCCUUAAUACCAUUGUCUCUUGGGUCUGACCUCAUGCUAAUUGCAGAAAGAACUUUUUUUUGUUUGUUUUAAACACUGAGUUUGUCACCUCCCACUUACCCUCUCACUAGUCAAGUGUAGCCACCGUUGAUCUGGGGGGAGAGCGGGCACGCUCAGUCCCAUUGGUGAACAUUUGUUCUCUUUGGCUUGCGGAAUGUUUCCGAGCUCCUUCCAUACUUUCUACACUCUUGAUGAGACAGGAACAAGGAGAUACAGGCAUUUGAGAAUUUGGGGGGAGGCAUCGUUUUGCCCAAAUGGCUCUAGAGGGCUUUGAGCGUACCUGCCUUCUUAGGCCCUGGUAUGAGGACUCUAAGGGGUCAUUUCCGUCAGCCCCCUGCGGCUGAGUGGGUCCCACUUACUCCCUGUCAGUUGGCCAUGUGGGCUGGGAAUUCUCAUUGUCUGGGGGGUGGGAGGAUGGGGUAGGCCUGGGGUCUCUAGGGGAUCCAGGGCCCCUGAUUACCCGUAACAGGAGCCUUUAGUCCAGUGAGUGGAACAUCUGGGCAGCAUGAGAUCACAGCUUCUGAGACAGAUCAAAUAUCUGCUCCUGUUGGCAGUUUCUGUCAGGAGAAGGGGGCUGGGGAGGGCUGGGGAGGACAAAGAUCCUUUAGCUUGGCUUCCCAGGUUCUGUUGGGGUGUCACAAAGAACAAAGGCCAAGAUGGUGAAAGGGUCACCAUCCCCUGGGCUCCCACGGAUGUGUCAUCUCUCCCAAGUUCCAAGCAAGGAGAAGCCACAGAAGGUGGUGAGCCAGGCAAGGUGAACGACAGUAGGAUUGGACGCCCCAAAUGAUGGGCUGAGGCUUUUCAAAUCCAUAAUGAUCAUAAUAAAAAUAUCAACCCAAGCCCUGUGGAUUACUAAGACAGUGGGGGGACUCAUUUGGUUACUAAACCUGUUGAGAAGACGCAUCUGGGACCAUCAAUUCCUAUCAGUUUAAAUGCAAUGAAUUGUAUUUAGGGGCUAAAUGUAGUAGAAGAUUAAAUCUCAGGUUUUCUCCAAGCCAGAGAAGCCUGCUUUGCAUUCUAAUGGGGAAACUCCUUUAGAAAACGUUUGUAAUGGAGCAAAGCAAUCAUUACCUUGUCAGCAAAUUAAGAAAAUUCGAGAGAUGCCAGAAACAUUUCCUCAAGAUUGCAGCUGAGAUCUCCUCACCAGUGGGUCAGAAACAGGUUUAGGAAGGAGUCAGGGGGUGGGGGUGGAGUGCUGAGGAUUUUCUUUGUAAGUUCCUAGGGGCCAGGUGUGGUAAUAUCCCAGAGGCCCCUGUGGUUGCUGGAAGAGGCCCUCCUCACCUCCAGGAACUUUUCACAUCUGACAAGCUACUAGGGUCCCCCAACCUUGCUUGUCCUGGGGGUAUCUGAACAGAUGGCAGGUUUGGAGUUGGUAAGACCUGGGUUGCAUACAGGCGGUGCCAUUUACCAGCUGUGUGACUUUAGGUAAGUGACUCUACCUUUCUGAGUUUGGGUUUCUUUGCAGAGUUGGUUUCAUGAAAACUCUGCCUGGUGGGGGUGGUGCAGAUCAGGAUGGCCACUGACAAGGACACUCUGCUUCCCACCUGGACUGGCGCUAACUCAUUUAGGCCUGAAUCAUGGGGGUAGUGGGGGAGGUCAACCCUUCUCCCACCAGCAGAUAUUGUCAGAUCCACUUUCAGAAUGAUCCGUGUUCAUCCGUCGUGUUGGUCACUGGUGUCUGGCUUUCUUUCCUGACCAUUCCAUCCCCCCAGCUCAUCAGCCCGUUGGCAGCUAGAGGAAGCCUGUUAAAAGGUCUGGUCACUUCACUCAAAGCUCCCCUCCGUGUCCCCUUCGUACCAGGCAAAGGCCCCAGUUCUCCCCACAGCCAGAGGCAAAGCCUGUGUCCCUCUCCUGCAUAGCCCUUCCCAAGGCCCCAAUUUUGCCUUUUGUAUUUGCAAUUCUGAUGAAUAUUUUCCCUUAAGGAUGGUCCCAUAAAGUCCAUAAGCUGCAGGUCCCCCAGACCUGCGUCGGUUCCCUACAGUGGCCUCAAAGCCCUACACGGUGUGACCCCUUUGCCUCUCCAACCUCAUUUCCCUCUAGCCACCAUCACCUUGUGGUUCCUCAACCUUGCCUGCCACCCCCACCCAGGGCCUUUGCACUAGCUGCUUCUUGGCUUAGAAGGCUCCUCCCCUCAAUACUGCAAGCCCCACUCCCUCACCUCCCUCUCAUGGACACCUUUACUGGCCCCUCUGUUUAAAACCACACCCCAUACCCCGCCCUCACUCCCUCUUCUCCUGCCUGCUGCAUUUUUGUCCAGAGCAAAGCAUUGAUCGCUACCCAGCAGGCUGUGUCCUGCUCUUAUUGACCGUCUGUACUCCCCACUCCUCCCCUGCAGGAUCGCAGCCUUCACGAGCCUGGCAUUUUGGUCUAACCAGUUCAUGCUGCGCUCACACUGUGACCAACUGGUUGGUGCACAUAGUAGGUGUUCACUGAUGAAGGGACAGAUGAAUGUAACCAAAGUUCCCUGCGCCUGCCAAGGAAUGCAGUCCCUUCAUGGGACCCAGAGCCCCGCAGUCCCUGCCGGGCCUCCUGGAGCCCUGGUCAGGGCUGAGAUGCAGGGAUGCAGAAGGCGGCCUGCCCAGAGUGUGCAAGGGCCUUAUUUUGUCACUGGACCCUAGGAACCCACCUGCCUCCCCCUCUCUGGGUCUUGUACAGCCGUGUGCACCAAGGAGUCAGAAGGGCUCACUGAUGAAUGAAAACCCGAUGUCUGCCAUCACCUCUGCCCACCCACCUCAGGCUCCUGCGGGUCUCCCAGCUGAAGAGGCCGGCUGCAGAGCCGCGUCACUGUUGCUCUCUUUCUUGGGGAACAGUAUUAUUAGGAUUCUCUUUAAAAUGUCCUCCUCUCUGCAUGGACACAUCUGCACACACGUGAGCACGUGAGCAUAUGUGCACGCCUGUGCAAGGGCGGCAGACACACACACAGCUUGCCUGACCUUGCUCAGAAGCCAAGGACACAGGCGCGCUCUGGGAGAGCGGCUCCAAGCCAGUGCGUCCUCUGGAUGACUGAAGACAGUUCUCUUUCCCCACCAGCCACAGGCUGUGCGGCUGGCCUCUCAGCAGCAGCCACGAGUCCCCUCCCCUGCCAGGCUGCUCUCAGGUGUCCUUCCUGCUCCCCUAACUCGGGGUGUAGGAGAGGUGUCCAGGAGCACUUCCACCCUGGCACUGUGAGAGGUGACUGUGAUCCUGGGAACCAGGCCAGCCAGGUCCUCUGGUCACCCCUUGCCAAUGGGUCUGUGGGUAAACAGAGCCACCUCUCUGCUUUUCCAGAGGAAAACAAAGUCUUCUUGCUCUUCUUCACCAGGGGCUGGGGGCCAAGAAACACAGGCAGGGGCCUUGCCAAAGUUGACAGCAUGGUGCCCUGUGUCCAGGGGCAGGAAGGAGCCCCCAGGUGGGGUUCUGUGGAGGAAGGUGGGGUGUGGGUACCCUGACCAAGGCGGAAAGGUGAUCUUGUGGAGUUGCAGGGUAGGGCGCUCCCUGUGAGUGCAGCUGAGUUAGCCUUUACUGGUCAGGUGUUGGGGUAUCUUCAGGGAUAGGUCAUAAUAGAGUGGGGUUGAAUUUAGUUAAGAGGUUGCCCCAACCCUUCCUUUCAAAGGUCAAGGCCCCGGUGGCCAGAACCUAGCAGGUCUUGCUGUGUCUUCCUGUCUUUGCCCCAAAUGCCCACAUCAUUCUCCUCCUGGACUGGGCUGAGCAGAUGCGAGGACCAGGACAUCUGAAUGGUGCAGAGGAGAGUGGAAUUCCCACCUUCUUUCCCCCAGAGGGCAAGUGCUGCCCAGCUUCCACCCCAUGCAAGUCUCAGAGCCAUGGGAGGCGGGGCCCCUGCGGUGGGCCCAUCAGGGAGAGUGCAGGGGUACUGCCUCCAGAGGCGGACUGCUGGGUGCUCAGUGGUUGUUAUCACCUCGUUGCCUGUUUCCUUAUUGUAAAACAGCAGGGCUCACGACAGCGACAGCGACAGCAUCUUCCCCAUAAGGCUUCUGCAAGUAGCGAGGGAGGAGGUUGCCUGGACAGCACUCAGCACAGGACUUGGCGCUUCUAACUGCUUGGCAAAGUUACCCGUGCAUGUUGGUCCGUCCGUCCACACCUCAUCUGCCUUCUCCUCUGGCCUGGGCAUGGUGGGCACACAUGAUCCUGUCCCUUGGCUACUUGGUGAUUGCUGUUGUGACGGAGGGUGCCCAGGGGCUGUGGGAGGGUGUGCAGAGGAUGGAGCUGGGGCUACUGAUGAGGUGACAGUGAGAGAAGCACAGGUAUCCAGGCCGAGGGGAACGGCACAGGCAGUGCCCUCGACAGCCAGGUGCGCACUGAAGAAGGGACAGGCUCUGUGCAGGUGUGACACGAGGCCCGAGGAAGGGCAUCGUGGGUGCUGAGUUUCAGCAGCAGCAGAAGCAGAAGGGGGCACCACAGUGCUCAGGUCACACACAGGGUUACCAUGACGCAAGGAACAUGCAAGGCACAGGGAAGGGGUCUCUGUCUGCCCCAGGAUAGUCGCAGAUGUGUGUGGCAGGAAGAAUCUUCAACUGUCACCUGCACUAUAUAGGGUGACCCUGGCAUUGUGGACUCCAGCACCCCCAGCCCUCCUCUUAGGGCUCCCACUGGGGCUAGAAGACAGAAGCCUGUGCCCUCGUGGCCUCUGGGCCACCAGGGGGAGGCAGCAGCGCAGAUCUCCUGGGCCUGGGUGAAGGGGAGUGAGUGCAGGGACUCUCAGCAGCCAGCCUUCCUGCUGAGUGCUGGCCCCGGGGAGCAGGAGCCCCAGGGAAGAAGGCGGCUGCCAUGCCAACCUCUUCCCGGUGGCACCGGGCACCGUGUCUGAGCCAGCACUGACUCAGGCCAGCAGCCUUCAGCGACACCCAUCUCUCUCCCUCCCCACCUUUUCUUUCUUCCCCUCUUUCAAUCUCUCACCUCCUCCUCCUCUUUUCGAUUCCUGUGUCCUCAUCUUUCAUGAAGCCACCCGCGGGUUUAGGCACCCAGAGGUGAGCUGUCACUACUGCUGACUCAUGGGUCUGUCAUGGAACUCUCCCAGAGUCCCCACCCUCCCCCACCAGAGAUUAAGGCUGAGGCCCAAGUGCAAAUGGUUUCAGGGCUCAGCAGGUGAAUUAAGGAACACAGUAGGCGGCUGUGGGCUCGGUGGCAGGAUUAGAGGGGCCGCUCCAGCGCUGGCCUGGCUGUGGCCCAGCGGUUGUCAGAGCGCCUGGUUUUUCCGGAGCAGCUGGACAGCUGGACUUUGUGUGGGUACAAGGUCGCUGAAAGGGAUUAUCCCAGAGCCUGAGAAUUGUGGCUGAGGCCAAGCUGGGCCAAUGAGCUGCCACCUGCUGGGGCCAGGCCUGCAUCCCCCUCCCCUCCCCCAGGGCUGACUAAAUCACUCACCAGAGAUGGGGUACCCUCAAGUGGGGGCUGGCCUCUACCUCCCCACAGCCACUUGAGGGUCACCCAUCCAAGCAUCCCUCCUUCUUUCUUUUGACAAAGAUUUGAGCAGCUACUUUGUGCCGGGUUCAGCAACAGAUGGAAACACAAGGAGAGAACGCCCAGAGGGCUCCAGCUGCUUCUUCUGCAGCCCGGGUGUUUGCAAAUCUGGAAACAAAGUCUGUUCUGACCUGGGGGAUCCCUGGGGUGGGAGGCCGGGGGAGGGGCUCUGGCUGGCUUGCAGGCAGGCUGGUGUGGUCGGUGGGGAAGGUGGUCCUGCACUCCCUCCUGGAGCUCAGAGGCCCUGGAAGGGAAGUGGACGGCUCUGUUGUUCUGGGGACCCAAGUAUUGACACAGGUAGGUGACAGGAGGCUGGAAGCUGUGGUGUGCACAGGUGACUGUACCCAGCUGUGGGGCUGUGAGUCUCUGGCCAACUGGACGGAGACCUCCAGGCCUCUCUGAGGAUCCAGGGGGAGGCUCUUGCCCAGUACGCAGUCAGCCCCCUGGAGACCCAGAAGCAAAACAGAACUUCCUCUCCCCAAGUCCAAAAAACUAGUAGGAAUGAAAAGACACGUGGCUUCUGUCCCUCUUCAUCCCCACCUGCCACCCGGGAGGAGCUAGGAUCCAGAAGAGGUCAGAGGGGACCUCUUGGAACCAGAUGAGUCGGAAAGUUUGCCUGAACUGUAUUUUAAAUUAAAGGGACCAGUUAGCUAUUGGUUGAGCCCUAGGUGUCAAGAUGGAAGGGGGAUUUGACUGCACUCGGUUGGAUGGAAAGGAUACACUGCGUGUUUGUUCCCUGGACAGAAACUUCACACAUUAAACAAUUCACUUCUUAAACAACACACAGUGCUCUUUGUGUGCCAGGCCCUCUUCUUUGUCUGCACAUCUUUCAUCUCAUCUACACUUCACGACAUCACCUCCAGAUUACAGAUGAGGAAGCUUUGGCACAGGUGGGUUGUGACUUGUCAAAGGUCACACCCCUGAUGAACAUCAGUCACAACUCAGAAUCGACUAAUAUGCCAUCGCGCAUCUUAAUAACACAGGCCAGUCGGAGCAGGUUUGUGGCAGAUCUGGGCUGUGGCUGCCACUCAAGGCCUGUGGUCUAUCCUAAUUAGGAAGCCCUGUGCGGGGUACUGCUGGGCAGGCCCGCGGCCCACUCAGAGCCAUGGAGUCUCACAUGGGCAGGCUCUGGGAGUCAAGCCCACCCUCACCUCCACUCUAUAGAUGGAGCCACAGGGGACAGAGCUUGGAGUCACCAUGGCUCAAGCCUCCUGCCCACCCUGACCAUUGUCAUGGGAACAAGAAGGGGAAGGAUGAAACUGCUCCUGCAGGUGUAUCCAAAGGGGAGGGAAAGGGGGGGUCUCUGAGCUGGAGGCAGGACUAGUAGGUGCAGUCUCCUCCUCUGGGGGAUGUCUGCCUGUCACCAGAAGUGGGCCAUCUUAUUGGGGGGCAUGAACAGUUUGGCUUAACUUGGUCCAAAGGCCUCCCAGGCUUCAUGGGUGGUGGGUGCUGACCAGGGUGCUGAAGCAGGACAGCGCUUCCUAACAGCCCAACGAGGGAGAGGGGGCGGCCGGGUAGAGAACCCUUCUAUUUUUGUUACUCAGUGUUUCCUGGGGAAUUCUUGGAUUCGAAGCCAGGAUUUCUAUGGUCUUUGUGGCCUUGAGAAAGUCACUGUCCCUCAUCUGCUCUGCACUUGUCCUAUCACCUGUUCAUGAACAAAAGUAGCUUCCAUGUCACUACACUUGGAAGGCCAAGGAGAGUACUCCUUGGGGCCAGGUGACGGGGCCUGCACAGAGCCCAGGCUCAGCCCUGGGGCCCAGGGAGGCACUCAGGAGCUCGCCCUCUCAGUGGCUUUGGGGACCCAUUGCCUCCCCUGUGGCUCUGUGGUCGUGCCGGGUGGUUUAAGGUGCUCCUUUCUAACCCUGUAGCUCUGGCCCCUUGGGAACAUGAGGAACACUUUGCAGACAGGACCAAUUUCAGAGUCUGGAUUCUCCUGGGGACUACGCUCACACAGGUCCUGCUGGGCUUUCCCGUUUCUGGGAUGGGUUUUCCCUGGGCCCUGUCCUUUCCUGGUUGUGAGGUCUGGGCACGGCAGAAGAGCACUGGCUUUAGAAUCAGGCCAACCAGUUGUGCCAGCCCUCGGGAGUGUGCCUCCGAGGAUGCUGACCACGUGUUCCUUGAGUUUGUGGAGAGCAUUACAUGAGAUGAUGGACCAGAACACUCUGGGCGCCUGAUAAACACCCACUUCCUGCACGGGGCGUGUGUGUGGGGGGGCGCAGCUGUCUUCUCUUGAGCCCCAUUUCGCCUAUCCGUAUAACCGCAGCAGCACUGGCACCCACCGAGCACCCUGACACCUGCUAAUAAGACACAAUUGGUGGGACCCUGCACCAAUUCUGCAGGAAGGGGCAAUGAUGCAGAUUCUGCAGAUGAGGGAGCUGCACAUGGUCAAAGGGGGUUCUGGGAGUCACACCCUCACCUGCCUGAUUCUGAGACCCCUGUCUGGCCUUGAGCAAUUAUCAGACCUUUCCAAACCCUCAUUUUCUGGACUAGAACAUGGGAAUAUCUCAUCAUUAUCAUGAUUGGAAGGUGUAGUGCAUGCUGGGUGCUGGAAUAUUUAAAGACAUACUUGAACCGCAUUGGUGUGACCCACAGGAUAAGGGAUGAAUGGAUACUGGGGUUACUUGCAUGCAUUAAUAAUUACGUGCCAUCAAUCAAGAAGACUGAGUGACUCAAUUCUUUACAUGUGAUAUCCAGAGGAAGGAAAAGAACAAAGUUUGUACACUUGAGUUUCUUAAACUUUAGUGUGCAUAUGAAUCACAUGGAGGACUUGUUAAAAUGCAGAUCCUCAUUCAGUUGAGUCUGGGGUGAGGCCCGAAAUGCUAAACUUCUAACAAGUUUUCAGGAAAUGUCGUCUCUGCUGCUGCUUACUAGUAAGGAUGUAGACAGACUUCUGGUCCUAGUUCUCAAACUUGCAUGAUCCCAUGAAUCACAAGAGGAUUUGUGGUUAAAAAAAAAAAAAACAGAUUUGAAGGCC